AUGAUGAAGCUUUUGUUAUCAAGUCCAAGAAUAGAUGUUCAUGCAAAAGUAGGCAAAGAUAAUGCAAUUCAACAUGUUAUUACAAAUCAAGAAGAAGAAUUAUAUAAGAUUCUUAUUCGGUAUCCAAAGAUCCGUUUGGAUGAAAUAACUCCAAUUCCCAGUAAUAAGUUGUACAGAAUUUUCAAAGAAAAAAAUUCAUUGCCACCAAUAUCCUUCAAAUAUGAAGAAGCUCCAAUUAUCAAAAAUUACAAAGAUGAAGAAGAUGAUAAUUAUCAGUUAUUUGAUUCUGUCUCGAAAAAUGACGAAACCAAUUUCCUGGAAUUACUUAAAAACAUUAAGGAUAUCAACAACUUGAAAGGUUGGUUUGAUUUCCCUUUGUUGCUGUUUAUUUUAAUGAAAAAUAAUAGGCAUUUCGUAGAUAUUUUGUUUGGCAAAUAUCACAGCUUGGAUCCAAAUAUUAUGUUUAACAAGCUUCCUUUGAUUUCAUAUUUGAUAAAAAGGAAGAGAGGAGAAAAUAUGGCAUUAUACUUCUUGGACAAGACUGAUAAGAUAGAUAUCAAUAAACCAGAUGAGGAUGGAAUGACGCCACUUCAUUAUGCUGUAAUAUCAUCAGCAUGCAAAGUUAUCAAAAAGUUAUUGGAGUUUGA